CAAAAUAUUUCAGUAUCAUUAGUGCUAGGAAAAAAAAGAAAUCUCAUCUUUUUUCAGAGUAACCCCCAGUUCUGUUAUUCUGGGGGGUUUUCAUGCAAAUUAUUGUAAAAUACUGUUGCUGCUGUGAAUACAUCUUUCUGGUUUCUCUGGCAGAUAUCAGCUUGGGGCCACCAGAACUCCUCUGGAGUGCAUUACUCUCCAUCUUGCAAAAGGAUUUCUCCAUUAUUGUAAGACCAUCGCACUGACUGCAGCCUUACCUCGCCUGAAGCCUUGGGGGGAAGAUACACAAAAAUCCCUCCGACAUCCAGAUGGUGCUUUGAGAGGCUGGAGUGAAGAGAAGCUCCGGAGUUCCCUGCCUGCGCGGAAGCAGCCAGAGCCACUUCCAAGAGCUACACAAAAGAGCCUCUGUCACUGCUGAUGAGAGAUCCUUUUGAAGCUUAGGAGUCAUGACUGCCAGCAUUUCAUAUCUGGCCAUCUUUAGGUUUGGAGCAAUGAAGAAUGGGAAAGAACAAAAAGAUGGGAAAGGAGUGAGCCCGAGAGAAAAAAGACUUUCUUAUCAACAUGGAAAUUUCCAGUUUAUUUUUGACCUUUUCAGCAGAAAAUGGGCAAUUUCUCUCAGCUAAGAAGACAUGUUGUAAUUCACUAUUAAGAAGCAGAAAAUUUCCUCAAUAUAAAGGUAGAUCCCACCUGGCAUUCGAUCUGACGCCAGCCAGACUUCUGGAUACCAGCUGAUGAGACAUCAUAAAAACCCAGAAGCAGCAAUUAUCUCAUAUGCAAACAGUCUCCUUGCACUGGGAGGGAAAUAAUGCUCCAUUCUACAUUGGCCUUGUCGCUCCUGCUAAUUGCAGUCACUUCCAACCUUGCAAUGGCAAUUAAAAAGGAAAAACGAGCACCUCAGACACUGUCAAGAGGGUGGGGAGAUGAAAUUACGUGGGUACAAACUUAUGAAGAAGGGCUUUAUCAAGCAAAGAAAAGUAACAAGCCACUGAUGGUAAUUCAUCAUUUGGAAGACUGUCAAUACUGCCAAGCACUGAAGAAAGCCUUCGCAGAAAAUGAGGAAAUACAGGAAAUGGCCCAAAAUAACUUCAUUAUGCUGAAUCUCAUGCAUGAAACCACAGACAAAAACCUGUCACCUGAUGGACAAUACGUGCCUCGAAUCAUGUUUGUAGACCCAUCUCUCACAGUAAGAGCUGAUAUCACAGGAAGAUACUCCAACCGGCUUUACACUUACGAACCGCAGGACAUGACAUUCUUAAUAGAGAACAUGAAGAAAGCACUACGCCUCAUUCAGACAGAACUGUAACCUGUAACAGUGAAAUGACCAUAGCCUCUACGAGGUGAAGCUGGACCUCUCUGUCUCUACUUGCAAACUGAACUUUUAUCAAGCAGAUUUGGUAUACCAGAUUUUAUAAGAAAUGUAUAUGUAUAACUUGGAGAACAAACAUAGAAAGACUAAAGCACCCAUUUGGAAAACAUGAGGAGAAUUAUAUUAAAUGCUUUGAAAUUAAUUAUCUAAAGAACUGAAAAUGAUGGUUUUAAGUGCAGCAAAUUUGAGCUGUAUUUUAGCAAUCCAAGUAUGACUCUGUUAGAUCAGCUAUGAUUUCUGAAGAGGAGUUAUAAACAAACUUUUCGAUGUCUAUCUGCAAUUUAUUACAUGAGUUAAUAUCUGCAUUUUGCCUCCCCAUUUUAACUUUCAUUGUAAGAAGCUUAUUAAUUGUUAGUGUAGCCCUGCUUUAUACAGUCAUUUCUCAUUAAAGGAAAGGAAAUUUUGCUGUCAAAUCAGACCAGAAAGGUCAUGCUAUGAAUUUUUGAAUAGUUUAUAUAGGAGGAGGGGGAAAAAAAAGAAAAAAAAAAAAAAAAAGGGUUCUGGGGUUAUCUUACCUCCAUAUAAUUCUUUAACUUUUGUUGUGGUAGCUGAAAACAGAAGAUACUGAGCAUGCAGUUUCAGUGGGGUGAAAAUAAUCAAAGGGCAGCUACACAUUUUGCUUCAAUAAGGAUACAGUGAAGCAAGAGAGAGGGAAGGAAACAGACCCAGAACUCCAGUCCAGAGGCUAAGUGAUGUUUGUAAAUUCUGGAGUAAGGGAAAAUGAGGGGGUUUGUCCUAACUCUUUGCAUUUAAAUGGCAUUUCAGUCAUGGGAAGCUCAUCCCAGGUCAUGCCCUCAUUUUCUGCAGCAUUCCACCAUGAAGGUGGCAGCUUAUUCAGGGAAUCUGGACAUGAUAAACCUUGGCAAAAUUUUCACAGGCUUACUGUAUGCAAGAGUGGACACCUAUUUUGAGUAAAAAGCCAAAGUCAGUUGAAAUGGUUUAUUAUCCCAGCAAUGUAGGUUUUUGUUAGAGCAAAAUAGUCAGCAAUUCACCUGCAGUAGAAGCAUGUAUGUUUUGUUACCUUUAAAUCACCUAUGUCAUUUUUUUGUGCCAUCUGUUUGCUGUGAUGUUGCCUGUGUACACAUAAUAGAUGAGAGAAGGACCUCUGCAAGAAACUCUGCUAAUUCACAAUACCUAUAGUAUUAAUAUAUCAUGAGUGAGUUAUAUUGCAGAUACCCGCAUCUUCAUAAUUAUGUAAAAUUUGAAUAUAAGCAUAUAUUCCAAUGGAGUGGAGA